AUGGAACCACCAUCCCAGGAAGAGACAUUCCUGCAACAACCUCAUCAUCCCAUUGUCAGAAAAGCUGCGGAGGCUCUAGAUGACGAGGGUAUCCCUGUCGUGGAGUACGGGCAGCAGUUAGAGUGGCGUCAUGGAGACCCUGAAGCCCUUAUGCUUGUCGAGUGGGCAGUCCCCGAUGAAAUGCUCAGUCGUUCAUCGCAGAUCCUAUCAAACCGUGGAUUUUUCUGUGAGCUCCCAUCCACCCGCGACACUGGCAGAUACGGACCGUGGGAGCGAGCGAGGUGGCAAAAUCCACAAGCUACAUAA